UUCACGGCAGUCAUAAACCACCGCUUCUAGCUAGACCACUUUAGCUCAUUCACUUUCGUCGCUUGCAACAUGGACUCAAAACAGGUAAGGACCGGCCACUGGCACCCAGAGGAGCUGGAAUACAUGGAUAUACUUGCGGAGGAGUUCCGCGAUGGCUCUCUCUCCAUCAAAGAAGGCUCGACCUUGCGUGCCUACUUGGCCGAAAUGCUUAAUUGCAUACCCAAACGAGUCUCCAAGAGGAUGGAAGGAAGCAACUACAAUGGCAGGAAGACUUUCGUGAAGAGGAUCUUCUCGGAGACAGAGCAGCAGGAAAGAGACGCCAGGAUCAGUGCGUCCAGAGAACGCUUUGAAGAAGCUUUGCGUAUAUAUGAGGAUUUGAAGAAGAAAAGCUUUGAUGACCACCUCCAAGCCAAUGUCUCGUCCCGCUGCGGGCCAACUGUUGCAUCAAACACCACCAUCAACAAUGGGGGGAAUGUGGCUCCAGGUACCAAUGUGUUCAGGGCAGAAGACAGCGUCCUUUCUUUUCCCCUGUCCGGGAAUAUGACAGCUCCGUUGGGCCGCAACCAAGUCAACUUUCUUGUUCCGGGCCUUGGCGGUGGCAAUAAUGCCUCGGUGCAUGCGAGACUGGUGGCUGCUUCCGUGGCAACCCCCACGGCCCCCAGCAUCAGUCGUGCUGCAGUCCUGGACCAGCUUGCUCCUCUUCUCCUCGCAGCAAGCAAUUUUGGAUCGAUGAACAUCCGCAAUGACUUGUUGGCUUUGAACGCUUUGGCCGCGUUGUCCGGUUCUUCCACGGCCAACCUUUUCCCCACCACGCCUGCGGUGGACCAAGCUAACCUCAGGAGGAGGGCUCUCAACACGUUGGCUGCUUUGGGUAGUACUACUACAACCCCCACGGCUGAACCUGCCCCGAAGCGCCCCAGGAUCAACUACUACUAGAGAGAGGCACCCUCAUUCCAUUCCAUUGCUCGGCAAGACAAGACAAAACAGAACAAGGCAAGAAGGCAUGGUCAGAUGCCAGGCUGCGGCGACGAAGAUUGACCUCUGUCGGCGUGGGAGCUGAAGACGAUGACACGAAAGUGUCUUACGAGUACUCUAUCUACAUGUGUAUUUUAACAAAACAUACCUAUAAUUCUAAAUAAGGAAGGCAGCGCGUUUCCCAACGGUGC